AUGGAAUUAGUUAGGAAUAAUUACAGAGAAGAUCCAACAGUAUUGUUAUAUGAAGCAGCAAUAAGUGGCUGUGUAACAACAUUAAACACGCUGAUCCAGAAAGACAGACUCAUUCUUAACAAAGUUUCACUUACUUCAUUAACUGAAACACCCCUACAAACAACGAUGUCAGAUUCUCUCAAACGCUUUCCUCUUCACUUAGCUUCUGCCGAGGGCCAUAGUCAGAUAAUCAAAGCUUUGCUACUGCAAGAUAAAACUGCUUGCUUGGCUCGUGAUGAAGAUGGUAGAAUCCCUCUCCACUUGGCUGCCAUGAGAGGUAGAGUUGAGGUUAUUCAAGAAUUGGUACGUGCAAGUUCUGAGUCCACUUUUGAGGCUCUUGAUGGAGACACAGUCUUCCACUUGUGUAUAAAAUAUAACCAUUUGGAGGCUUUCAAGUUAUUGGUGACAUUUAUCAAUGGUGAUGAGAUAUUGAAUAUAGGAAAUCAAGAUGGCAAUUCUAUCUUGCAUUUAGCUGCCAUGCUUAAGCAAUUGGAGACUUUAAGGUAUUUGCUUUCCCUUCCUACAGUGAAAGUAAAAGCAAAUGCCUUAAACGGAAUGGGAUUGACGGCCUUGGAUUUGUUAGAUCAAUGUCCAAGAGACUUCAAAAGCCUACAAAUUCAAGAUAUUUUAAUAAAAGCUGGUAUAAGAAUAGCAGCAGAGCUAAUUAGCAGCAACAACACUCUUCCACCAGAACCACAACAGCCAAGAGCUAUUGCUCUUGCUUCUACUGCAGAAAUGAAAAGAUCACGGUUUGAGAAAUGCAUGAAACACUUGCAAUACAAUCUGGAAGAAACACGUGGCGCAUUAAUGAUAGUCGCAACUGUAAUUGCAACCAUGACGUUCCAAGCUGCAAUGAAUCCACCUGGUGGUGUUUGGCAACAGGAUUUUGUAGAUGUCUCUGGCGGUUCUGCUUGCAACAAAUCAAAUAUAUGUGAAGCUGGAACUUCAGUUUUAGCUUAUGCUUAUCCAGAUCGAUAUAUAUAUUAUAUCACUUCCAAUAGUAUUGCUUUUGCUGCUUCUUUCACUGUCAUAGCUCUAAUAGUUGGUGGAUUUCCUCUCAAGAAUAAGUUCUGCGUUUGGCUUUUAGCACAAGCCAUUAAGAUCACGUUGUUGUUUUUGUUAGUCAGCUAUGUAACUGGUAUGUUAAUUGUGACUCCAUCAAGAUAUAGAGAAAAAAUGGCGAAUAUGGAUUCCAAAGUGAUUGGUGUUUCUGCAUUGGUGAUUUCAUUUUCGGACAUAAUUGAAUUGAUUCGGUUUGCAGUAUGGACGGUAAAGAAGCUGCGGAAGUUUUGGCAUAAAAUGAAGAAUGAGAACAGAGCAGAGGAACGACAUGCAGUUUGAUUUGGGAAUCAGAACAUAAAAGGCCAAACUGAAAAAUACUAGCAUACUUUGCUUGGUGGCUCAAAGUAGAUGCUUAUGCUUUCUCUUAUUGCUAUUGGUAUUAUUUAUUGUGUUGAGGUUUUUAAAAGAAAAUAAAUAAUAUAUUGAACAAGAAAAUAAGUUAAUCUUCUCUGCAA